AUGGUUGUUGGUGGAACUCGCAAACUGAAUUCAGGAUAUGAAAUUCCAUUGAUUGGAAUGGGAUGCUCGAGAAACAUCGAACAGCUAGAUUCCAGUGUAGAAGCCGCUUUGAAGUCGGGUUAUAGACUUUUCGAUACAGCUAGGAUUUAUAAUAACGAGAAGGAGUUAGGGGAAUCAUUGAAGGUUAGUGUUUUUUUCUUAAAGAAUACAAGAAAAUGAUGUGAGCCUAUUAAAAAUAGGCACUAUUAUUAUGAAAAAGUUCUUAAAAUUAACUGUCGAAAUUAAAUUCACAAUUUUUUUUGACAUUUUCAAAUUAAAAUUCUCAAAUUCAGACACACCUCGAAGCAUUGAACAUCAAGCGAGAAGACAUCUUCAUCACCACCAAGGUUCCAACCAUCAACGAUAGUCCAGCUGCAUCAGUAGACAAACAUAUUGCAGAUUCACUAAACCGGCUGCAAGUUGAGUAAGUUAACUUGAAAAUGUGCUUCACAACAUUCUUUUGCAUAAUAUUUUCAUUUCUAGCUACAUCGAUCUUGUUCUCAUCCAUUAUCCAAGAGAUCGUGACACCGGAAUCGACAGUGAGAAGGAAGUCAAUGUUCGAGGAAGAAAAGAGGUCUAUCAAAAACUCGAAGAAUAUGUCGAUCGUGGAAUUAUUCGAUCGAUUGGUGUUUCGAAUUAUGAACCUUAUCAUCUUCAUGAGCUUUUACAAUAUGCUCGAGUUAAGCCAAGCGUCAAUCAAAUCGAAUAUCAACCAUAUUGCACGAAACCACAAGUUGUUGAGAUCUGCAACCAAAACAACAUUUUCGUUCAAGUGAGUUUUUUAAUUGUGUGAACUUAUCUAUUUUCAAUAACAUUUCAGGCCUACUCAAGUCUUUGUUGGGGAAAUCAAGAAGUUUUAAAUGAGCCGAUCAUUGCCGAGCUUGCCAAAAAUCACAAUGUUUCACCACAGGUACUAUUGUUUUGUUUUUCUUGUAAAAUUUUAAUAAAUAACACUUUUCAGACAAUUUUGUACGCGUUCGCCGUCAAUUCUGGUGUUGGAAUUAUUCCAAAAUCAGCAACUCCUUCUAGAAUUUCUGACAAUUUGAAUUUGGUCGCAAGCAUCAAGUUGACCGAAUCGGAGUUGAAACAGAUUUUGGAUUUGGAUAGAAAUCAGCAAUUCUGCCCAAGAUGUUACCCAUGGAGAGUUCUUUAA